AUGUUAAAGAAAAAUAAAAUACUCAUUUUUAAAUACAUUCUUAACCUCAUCAAUGGAGCUUUCUUGAUUCUUGGACUUUUACUCAUGGGAUUUGGUGCAUGGCUUUUAUUAGACAGAAACAAUUUUUUAAUUGUUUUGGAUGAAAAUAAACACUUUAUAACAUACAGUUCUCAAAUGAUGAUUGGAACGGGGUCUGCUAUUGUUCUUUUUUGUCUCCUGGGUUAUUUGGGAAUUCACAAAGAAAUCCGAUGGCUUCUAAUUCUGUAUGCAGCACUGUUAAUGUGCCCCAUUGGUGUUCAGGUAGUGCUUUCUUCACUCAUCUUCACAAAGAAGGAGGAGGUUCAUGGUAUAUGGCGUGAAGAAUUUGAUUUAAUCAUUUCUAAGUAUGGGUCUAAAAAUAUGCCUGGAGAUAUACCCAAGUGGACUAUUCUGAAUUUGUUACAGAAAAAGUUACAGUGCUGUGGCCAAAACAAUUACACAGAUUGGAUAAAGAACACAAAUAAAGAAAAUUCAGAACAGGUACCAUGUUCUUGCACAAAUUCUACACUAAGAAAAUGGUUUUGUGAUGAACCACUAAAUUCAACUUACCUAGAGGGUUGUGAGAAUAAAAUCAGAACAUGGUAUGAAGCUAACAUUUUAACUUUAAUGGCAGUUAACUUUGGACUCCUGACAUUAGAGAUUUUGCAAGUCUCAUUGACUAUUUCUUUCUUCAAACAUAUCAAAAAGAGAAUAAAUGUAGAAAUGUGGCCUUGGAAUUUUAAUUUGUCAGAAGCUGCUAGGCCAUUAUAA